ACCCGACCGGUAAUGCACUGGACUUGACACCAAAGGCCACCUCUCAUCGUACGACCUGUUUACUUUUGCGCUGCCUUAUUCAACCGCUAAUCCUCCGCCUGGCUGCUUGUCUCGUUCUCGUGAGGGUUCCGAUCAAGCAUUCUGGCCAGCAACCUAUUUACCCAUCCAUCCUCAUUGACACGGAAUACAACGACUAUCCGAUAGCAACGUAAUCCACCUGGUGUCAGAUGAGCUACACCUUGUUCACAAACAGCAUCAGAAGACGUCCUCCCUUGUGUACCACCUUUCUUUCGCUACACUUGUCGUUGCUGGACAACAGCUCCUCUGCAGGCCGCAGAAAUACACUAUUCUUACGUGUCUCAAUCGCUGGGAAAUGAGCGCAGCUGCCUCACUUCUUGCUUUCUUCUGAAGCACCACUCGGACAGUUCACUACACGGCAUGGAUCAGAUGAUGGGUGACGGGGGCAGGUUCCCGCUCGAGACGUGGUUCUGGGAAAUGCCCAUAUGCACCCGAUGGUGGACGACGGCUACCGUCCUUACCAGUGCACUCGUCCAGUGCCAAAUGGUCACCCCCUUCCAGCUCUUUUACAGCUUUCGUGCUGUCUUUGCGAAAUCACAGUACUGGCGUCUUCUGACCACCUUUCUCUACUUCGGUCCCUUUUCGCUCGAUCUCCUGUUCCACGUCUACUUUCUUCAGCGCUACGCCCGUCUCCUCGAAGAAUCCUCCGGUCGUUCACCAGCCCACUUCUCGUGGUUGCUUAUCUACUCUAUGACGAGCCUUCUACUUCUCUCGCCACUGGUCUCGAUGCCAUUCCUCGGUCAUCCUCUGUCAUCCACCCUCGUCUACAUCUGGUCGCGACGCAACCCCGAUACGAGACUCAGCUUUCUCGGCUUGCUGGUCUUCACUGCCCCUUACCUUCCCUGGGUUCUUAUGGCUUUCAGUCUCGUUCUGCACGGUUCUAUUCCCAAGGAUGAGAUUAUGGGUGUUGUCAUUGGGCACAUUUGGUAUUUCUUCUCCGACGUGUACCCGCCCUUGCACAAUGGCUCGCGUCCAUUCGAUCCCCCAAGUUGGUGGCGAAGACUCUUCGAGCGGCGGCCCACUGAAGAAACAUUGGAUGGCAUCAAUAACGAUAUUGUCGUCGCUGGUGGACCAGAGCUCGCCCCCGACGUUCGAUGAGAAUAUGUACUCGGGCCUUUCAAAAAGCACACGCACGCACGAGAAGACAGUGGGAUUAUUAACAUUGGCAUGGCUUCGGCGUUCAGGUCAGGAUUGUCGCGAUUCUGCGACCCCUUCAUUUGCAUCAGCAUUUCGCCAUGCACAUAGCGCCCUGGCAAACGUGCCUUAUCGCGUAGGUAGAGCUGACUUGGAGUGUCGCAGUCCAUGGCUCUAAUAGGCACCGCUACUACCUAAGUUCAAUCUACAUACAUCAUGCGCGUCCAUCUUUCCUGCAACGUGUUGAGGACUUUCCAGGCUGCUGCAAGCGUCGGUGAAGCAAACGAGGACUUGUCUUUGCGAGUUAUUGUACUUUGAUUAUUGUACACCGAGUCUCCAGACCUUGAGGACUAUGGUGUAGAGACGAAAGCCCCCGGCUUGGCUGAGAUUGUCAAUUGCUAUGUAGACGCCGGCCUGAUGUUGGCAGGCUGAAAAUGACCCCACGUGCU